AAUUACAAAAUUGUGCACGUCCUUAGAACUCUAUAUUGUAGUUUUAAUUUUUAUUUAUAAAAAAAAAAACACUACGAAAUCUAAUCAAUAUUGUUUAAUUUCAUUUUAUACGAAAAGAUCUAAAUACACCCGAUCACAACCAUUUUUUAAAGUGGCGAUAUUGGUAUUUGUAAAAUAUCUGGCGACCUUUUGCAUUAUAAACAUAAUGUCCAUUGAAUUAAUUUUGUUACACUUUAUAAUAGUGUCAUUGAGAAUUUUCCCUAUAGAGUAUAGAAAUAGAUGUAGAUCUAUCAUUAAAAUGAAUAGCAAGCUCAUUAAAACGUUUUUAUGAUUGUCCGGGCAGUCCAGGAAAAAAUGGCGGCAAUAUUGUUUAAUUGUAUGUCACUUUUGCGUGAUAUCUACAACCAAGUAAAGCCAUAUCCUACAAAAACAAAGUAUGGCCUGCCACUCCCAAAAAAGUGUCAUGUAGUGCUUACAGAUGAUGAAAUUGGUGACAGGCCUGUUCUUAUUAUUGGUGAUGUACAUGGUUGUUUUGAUGAGCUAAAUGACCUAAUUUCUCAGGCCCAGAGUCGAAUCAACACAUCAGACCUGUUCAUUAUCUUUGUCGGAGACAUGUUGAACAAGGGUCCGAAAAAUCAAGAGGUCUUGACUCUUCUUCGUGAGCUCACAGCUAAUGGAAGUGCUUCAGCAGUGAAAGGCAAUCACGAAGAGUCAUUACUUAGAGAGUAUCGUAGCAUGAGGAUGAACAGUGAUUACAAGCUUUCAAAGAAAUACCAAUACUUGAGUACAUUUUCAGCAGAGGAUUUUCAGUAUCUUCAGAACUUGCCAUAUUCUUUGACUGUCCCCAAAAUCAAUUCAAUUGUGGUCCAUGCAGGGCUGGUGCCAGGUGUUCCCUUGGAACGGCAAUGCCUAAUAGAUGUGUGCCACAUGAGAAAUCUUGUUUAUGGUGAAUCAGUGUUUGGGCCUGUUCCUGUUGCUCACAGCAAGCCAGAAAUAGGCGUGGCUUGGGCAACUUUAUGGAAAGGGCCACAGCAUGUUUACUAUGGACAUGAUGCCCGCAGAGGCUUGCAAGAUCUACCCUUUGCCACAGGCUUAGACACAGGUUGUGUGUAUGGGCAGUGCCUGACGGGUAUUAUUAUAGACAAGAAUGGGGAUAAAACAUUUGUUACUGUGCGAGCUAAAAAGUCUUAUUAUAACAAUAAUGAAUAAAAAAAAAGUAUUAUCUGUAUUAACAGUAUCUCACACUGUUUUAUUGUCAUGUUGAUAAAAAUUUUUUUUUUUUCUUCUUUGCACACUAAUUCUUGUUUAAAUUUUAGGCUUUAAGUACAAGUGUAGUUUCAAAACAUUCCUCCUUGUUGUUUGUAUUGACUUUUAAUUCUGUCUAGUCAAAAGACAUGGUUUGCAUUUUAAGUAAACUUGUUUUGUUUUUUUUAAACAGUUUGUUUUCUUGAAUCAUGUGUUGCAGUAUUCUGCUUAAAUUUGUAGGUUGUGGCAUAAUAACACUGUUUAAGUUUUUAGCCAUUUUCAAGAAAACCUUGUUUAAGCUUUUAUGUCUUUAAGACAUUAAGAAGGGUGUUUAAAAGCAGGACAAGUUCAAAAGUUUUUUUUAUUCCAUCAAGAUUUGCGUCACAUUCCUAAAAUUACUUGUAGCACACUGCUCCAUUUAAAAUCAUGAAAGCUGCAUGAUGGGGUGCAUGUUAAUGGUAAAAUGUAUACUACAAACAUCAGCUUAUGAUUGAACUUAAAAAGUUUUGAUUUAUACUUUUGUAUAAACAAUUUUGAACUCCUUUUGGAAGUUCUUAGAAACUCUAAUAAUUCUCUGCACCACAUUAAUAAUAAGGCUUGUUUUCAAGCCUGACAAUCAAGGAGUGCAGUAUUUAUCCUCUAUUUUCAAACACAUUAUGAUUUGCAUGUUGGACCCAAUGUUUUUUGUUUAAUUAAAAAAAACAACAAUAAUAAGAAACACUUUGUUGCGUUAAUUCAGAAUAUAACUACAUACUUUUUUGUGGAUUCGGGGUAUUAGAGAGAUAUAUUUGUGUUAACUUAAUGCAGGUUGCAACUUGAUUUGCAUGGUCAUGUGAAAUAUUGCACUCAUACACAAGCUUCAGAAUCAAAGUCAAUGCCAUUGUACUUGACAACACCACUUAGCCGGUUUCAUUCUCCAAUAAAAAAAUUCCUGGCCUUCAAGAAGAUUUUAUUUUUAAAAUCUCCUGUUCCACAAUCAAGUGGUACCUGUUCCAAUAUUGAUUAUUAUUUGGUUAUUUGAUAAUGACAAAUUAAUUUAUGCAAAUGAUGGUUUUUCUUUUUUUUUCAAAACAACUUUUUUUUUAAAGAACGUAAGUAAUUAUGAAAAAGUUCUUGCGAUCUCUCGGGCAGAUGAUGUUAAGGUCAGCUGUUUCUUUUGCCAAUGGUUAACGACCAGGGUGUUAUGUGGCCAACACUACAACCAUGUGUCUUUAAUUUCCCUAACUAAAGUCAGGUAUCCAUUAGAGUUGGGUGGAGUCUGGGCACCCUAAAGUUCCCAAAAUUCAAAAUCCCAGUCUUCAUCAAGAUUCAAACCCAAGACCCCAGGUUUGGAGCCAAGCCCUUUACUGCUCCCCCUCUAUUCUUUGGUAGUCAAGUAAAAUUGACUCAAGGUUCUCUCUAUAUAACUUCCAAUAUUGAUUGUUAUUAUUUAGUUAUUAUUUGAUAAUGACAAAUUAAUUUAUACAUCUCAAUAAAAAGAUCUGUAUCACAUUGUUUAUACCUACAUAUACAGAAUUAUUUUAUUUAUUGUGUGUCAUUAUGUUACUAAAUAAGUUUCUGGAUUGUUAGAGGUGAAAUACAUUAUACUUCAUGUCAAUAUAAUAAUGGUUGUCAGUGAUUGCAGCUUUUAAAGAACCAAAAAAUACUUUAAUUUCUGUUUUGUGUAAGCACUGUUAUUAUUACACAUGUGAAUAAUACUCAUAACAAUGCAACAUGAACUUACCAUAUUAUAUAUAUAUAUUACUUACAAAAGAGCUAUAGAUUCAACACUUCUGAAUUGUUAUGUUGUUAAAAUUUGUGUAUCCCCUACUUAAUGUUAUCAGCCGCAAGAAAAGUUUUCAGUAUUUCUGCAAUCAAAUGGUCACUGCUGAAAGAAAACGCUUACAUAAUUGUGUAUGUGUGUCCAUAACAGGUUUUAAGUUAUAGUUCUAAUGAUUAAGGAACAUGUGUGUGUGUAAAUAUGGAAAAUUUGAAACAUGCUUAUUUAUUUCAUGUUAUGAUAGAAAAAAAAUUCAUACUGCUUCAAAAUGUAACCUGUGGCACUUUUUUUUUUCAAUUGUGCCCACUUCAAUUGAAUUCAAGAGUUUGUCUGAGUAAUUCAAGCUGCCUUUGUAAGAUAUUUUAUAACAUUCAAAAUGAAUACAAACUUUUUUUUUUUUGAUUAGCUGAAAUGAAUGUGGUGUCUUACAAAUGAUGUUUUUUCUUUUUUUACAAAAGAACUUUAAAAAAAAAUAAAUUAGAAAAGCUUUAUGAUAUACUUUUUGUAGCAAUUAAGUGGUAGUUCAUUUCUCUAAUCAUGAUUAUUAUCAUUACCAAAUCCAAAUCUAUAUUAUUGUGAAUUUAUCACAAUAUCAAUUGCCAGUACCAUUAUUAACAUUUUGUUUAUUUAUAUUACAAAAUAGUGUGUUUUUUUUUAAAUUGUACAUUUCCCUUCCAGACCUUGUGGUCUAUAUAACAAAAUAAUCUAUUUAAUAUUUUGUAAAAGAGACAGUUGUUUGACGAAUGUAUGCCUCCUUUAUAAUAUUUAAUUAAAACGUUUUUACCCAUUAGCUGUAGUCCAAUGGAGAUAAAAUGAGAUGUUAGAAUUGAUUCAUACAUAUUCAAAUACUACAGUAGGCCCAAGUUUUAGUGCAAUUAUAACAUAAUGAUGAACAUUGUAUCUUGAGCUAGGCAGAGGUUUUGAAUGUUAUCAUUUGGAAACUUAUGUUUUUCAAAAUAUAUUUAAAGUUGCUUUGUUUUUGGGGUUUAUUAAGAUUCUAUUCAUGGAACACCUAGACCCCAUUAAUGGAACACCUAGACCCCAUUCAUGAAACAAUCAAAUGAAGGUAUAUAUCAUACUUAAAUUCUAGUGCCAAAUAGAAACCAUUUCAUGUCUGAAGAGAAAAUUUUCAUUGGCCCCCAAGCUAGGUGUACAUUUUAAACCUUUUUUUUUUCAUUUAGUUUACCUUAUUUUACAUAAGCAUGAAACGUUUCAUAUCAAUGAAAUUAGGGCCUCUUGGCUUGUGUGGUAGUAGUUUAGUUAGUUUUUACUCAAAAUUCUUGUGAUGAAAAAAAAACUAAAUUGCCCCAGCUGAUGCUUAUCUUAUUUAAAUGUCAAUAGCAGCAACAACAAUAUAUAACAAUUUAUUAAAUUUAAACAUUGAUAUAUCACAGAACAAAUUUUUGUGUGAUCUUUUUUUCCACAUAAUUCAUGUAUUGGUAAGUGAUAAGAAAUUGUCUUCCUGUGGAAGAAUGUCAUUUUCUUUUUUUUUUUUUAAACCUCUUUAAUAAAGUGAUAUAACAACAUUUUGAAUACAUUCUCUGUCCUUUUAUCUUCGUUUUAAAGUAGUGACUUACAUUUUUUUAUGACCAUAUAAUAUCACUACUUCAUAACUUGCUCAAAGAGUGUGGUGAGUUUGCUUUCUAAUAUAUUAUAUUCAUUUUCACUUUACUCUUAAACGAGAGAUUGAUUUAAAUUUCAUUUCUUUAAUAGUUGAACCUCUAUGCUAAGAAUUAGCUAUUACAAUAAAGAAUUUGAGUUUAUGUAUCUGUCAAGAGAUAGCGCUGUGGUCAUUAAACUUAACUUCUGUAUAAGUCUAAUGCUCAUUUGAAUUUUGGGGCACAAGACACUCUUCUUCUCAACCAUCUUUAUUCAUUCUGCAAUUUGUAAAUGAUCUCCUACAAAUGUAUUUCUGGGAUUAUUGAUAAAGUCCCUAUAUUUAAAAUCUCUCAAUAUUCAUUAUUAAAGAGAACGUAUUUUACAAUAAACCAUUCUGUCUACCUAGUAUUGAUUGUAUUUGUGAUGACAGUUUCAAGUAUGUAUUGAUUACAAGGGAUCAGUCUGUGUACUGGGAGUAUUGAUUGCAUUUGUGAGUGAAAGUUUGAAGACAAACAAAUUUGAUCUCACAGUAAGUUGUGAUUUCCUUAUAAAUAUUCCAAGUUGAUGAUUCAUAUUAUUAUUUUAUUACAAGCUCAGUUUGUUUUAAACUUCUGUUUCUAAUAAUGCUAGUGAAAAUCAUGUUUAGCAACACAGAAUAUUACACAAUGCCUAUAAGUAUUUUUUUUACUAAGAUCUCUUUGUCCAUCUAAAUGCAAAUCCCAUUACAUUCAUUAUAGCAGAGGUUCUCAAACGUUUUUGACCCGAGGACCCCUUUGUAUAGUCAAAACUUGCCAUGGACACCUAUAUGAAAAAGAAAAAGCUACAUAAAUGUAUAUUAUAUUUAUAAAAAAUUGAAAAAAUUUUUUUUUUUUUGAAGGAGUGUUUGCUGAGGUAAUAACUUUUUGUUUGAAAUCAAAUUUAAAAAUAAUUAAUGACUUGGAUGAGGUUGAUUAAAUUUUAUUUUUAUGAGUAUAUUUAUGCCUGGCUUAAUGAGCAAAAUUUUCUAGUCAGUUUCUUUUGUUUGUGAUGAGGUUCAUUGUGAUAAUUUCCUUGUUGUACCAAAUAAGAAGACAGGAAAGCAGUCAACAACUUUUUUACAAUGACUCAAAUGCAAGAUAUAAAUUUGUAAAAUAUUUGUAAUCAGAAUUUGUGGUAUCCUUGUUAACACAUUGAUUUAUGUUCCUCGUUUGGGGAUAUUUUAAUAAGCUGCUUCUGCAUUAGUAUGGAUUGAUUGGCAACUGGAGAUCUCCUGGACAGCCACAGAGCUGAAAGAUAAGCUUUGGAGCAAACAACUACAACGUUAAUAAACAACCCAAGCAUGCCAAACAGCCUGGGACUAGUGAUAUUUGCCCUUGUGGAGCAUCACCAGAGAAUGCUGGCCAUGUUCUUCAAAGCAGCAUUAUCUAUCAAAAGGCCUAAACAAGAAUAUGGACGCUUAUAUGAAAAGCUGCCAUAUCUGGAAACCACUGCACCGUUCAUCACAGAUAUAUGACUACUUGUCUGAACCUUCAAGCAUAUAUAUAUACAUAUAUAUAUAUAUAUAUACACUGGUAUGAGAACAAAGUGAAAGAAGAAAAUUUGAUUUGGAUUUUAUCUUGUUCAAGUGCAGAAGGGUUCAACACCCAUCUGGGGUACCCAAGUGAAGAAUGUUCUCAAAUCUUGAGUUUAGGUCGUCAUUGAAUAGUACAUAAAAAAAAAUGAUUAAACAAUAGUGAGGGAUGAGUAUUAAAGUUAUCUGAUAUUAUAAACUGGCUUUUAGCUAAGAAGUUAUUUUAAUUGUAUUCAAUUUAAUCUUUCUUCGGACCCCCUUCGGUUGUCUUGUUUGAGAACCACUGCAUUUAGUACCAGUAGUGAAUCCAGACUUUUGCUGCCACAGAAAUUUUCUGUCACAGAUACCUUCCUCCCUUACAUUCCAUGUCAUGAAAUUAUUUUUAUUUGUAACCAUACAAUAUAUCAGUGUUUCCCAAACUGUGUUUUGUGUUGGUGUUCCACAAACAUUUGGGAUAAUUAACUAGACGCCACAAGGUGAAUUUAUCUCUCUAAAAUAAAUAUCAGAGUGUUCAGCUAAAUACCCAGAAUGUACACUUCAAAAGUUUGGGAAACACUGCAAUAGCUUACCUUAAAAUGUGAACACAAAAAAAGUUAUUUCACAGUAUGUCCCUGUUUGGCUCAUGAGUGGUAAGCAAUACUCAUACAUAGGUAAUUUUACAGACAAAUGUAUAUAGAAAUGUGGCAAAGUGAUGAAAUGUCAAAAAGUUUGUUUUUUCUUUAAAUUAUUAUUUUCAUUGACUUAUAGAAGAGCAAGCAACAAUCAUGUCCUAUUAAACCAAAACUAUUCUUA